AUGACCACGCCUAAAUUUACCGAGUAUCUGUCUCAAGGUGGAAGCCAGCUACAAGUUUUUAGUCCAGACAACCAAUUUCACGCAGAGCCAUUGUUACGAUAUGGAUUCGAAAUUUCUAACAUUACCAAUUUACAACUCGGUAUAAAAGCUUGUGCAGAUGCUCAUGUGAUAAUACAAAAGGGCACAUUGCCGAUGUUAAACACAGAUGGAAAUUAUGCAUACAUCAUAGGAUCUUAUGGUAACAACCGAGUUGAAUUAGCUAAAUCGAUGCAUUCCGUUCCACGUUUAGCUUCAAUAUCCAUGAUACCCUUGGAUUGUAACGAAGUGCGACCAUUUUGGAUCAGCUGGAAAGACGGUGAUUUAAAAAUUGGAAAAGGGACAGUUUUACUUGCUGAUGAAAUAAUAGCAUAUUCUGUUGGGCCUCUUGUUGAUUAUAAAUAUGCCUUUAUUAUAACAGGAUGGGGCAGUCAUGGAUGCUGGACCAUAGCUGUUGCAAACCAAAUAGUCAAAACUAAAUGGAGAAAAUCUUCAGUCCUCAAUUCUAAAAUACAUGGCAGUGAUGUCAUAUCAUUUACAACUAAAUCCAAAAUGGAAUGUUUGUCAAAAUGUGUUCAUGCCACAAAUCUAUCGUGUGCUUGUCGACAAUUAAGCUUUAAUGGACAUACAAAAGAAUGUUUAAUCAUAAACUACGAGAAUCCAGUUACCAUAGUUGAUGAUGAAAACUGGAACACAUGGUAUCUUGUAUAA